AUGCAGCGAGCUCUGGUUUCAUCCUCGCUUUCACUCUCAACUCGUUCUUUGUUCUUUCCCCUCCUUCCUCUCUUGUUCUCACGCCCAAACCCAAUCUUCUACAAACUCAAAUCCAAUAAACCUUCCUUAACCAUUCGCAAUUGCAGCAACAGUUCCUUCAAAGUGAAACCCUCUUCCCAAAUCAGAAAACCCCUCGCCGAAUCCCAACCUGACUCCAAGCUCACCGCGCUCCGACACCUCUUCUCCAAACCUGGAGUCGACAUUGACGCCUACGUCAUCCCUUCCCAAGACGCUCACCAGGUUUGCUUCGCUUCAAUGUCUCUGUCAAUUAACUUCUUUGUUUGA